AAGUUUGCGCGAAUUCUCAGCACAUCCGGUAGCAGCGCUCGUACUGUUUGCUCACGGGUGCUUCUCGUCGAGUCGAGUGUGUUGGCUUCUCCGCUUCUCCGUGAGUCGCGAGCGGGAAGUGGAGCGACGGACCCGCGCGAUUGAAACGCGGAGAACACGGACGACGCGCGCGCUGACCGCUAAAAUAGUGAAUGCCCCCGGGUUAAAGGCUCGGGUGUGAAGGACGCGAGCGGUGAGCCGAGGUCCGGCGGAGAAGUUCGGCGCGAAGGUUCGGUCGGUGAGCGUAGCGGCUCGGGCUCACCGAAACGAAAAUGGCGGGCCAUGUUGGCCUUCCGUGCAAAGACAGCGGCCACCUUCGACGACACUAGCAACGUCCGUAAACCGACACCACGUGCAGCAGGUUGACCGCUAUCGGACGUGAUAUUCCCGGUCGCGUGGUUGUUAACGUGUUGCAUCCUAUCGCGGAACGUGUGUAUUCUCGCUGCUCGUCUUUACCUGUACAUGCUCGUCGGUAGAGACGGACGUCGUAGAGCCGAUUGAUAAACGGGACUUGUGUGCAUGUAAAUAGUCACCUUAUACGCGAGUUUUGUAACAAUAUUCUACUUGAGAAAACAAAAGAGAGAAAGAAAGAGAGGAGAGAAAAAGAAAGAGAUAUAGUGAGAAGAGAAAGAGAGAGAAGCGACUGUAGGAACCUGCACACAGCGGUGGGAGAGAAAGCUAGAAAGAGAAGGAGAAAUUGGAGAAGGACAGAGAGACAGGGCAAUAGAAAGAGCGAAAACCCCGGCGAGGGAGAGGGGGACAGAGACAGACGGAAAGAGAGACAGAAACGGCGAAACUGGACAGAGCAAAAGUUUAGUGGCGGAUCAACAAUGGACAAACAAACAUGAUGGAGUGAGCACGCCGCAGGUGUUGACUACCUCAGAGGGACGAGAGUGCGCGCGAAAAGAUUUACGCUGAGGUACCGUGUUGUUUAAUCACGGCGGCUGCGGCCUGGCGGUUGUAACACGUUGCGGGGAACGAGAAGUCUUGAUGCCGAUGCCGGGCGAAUACCACGAGGGUCACGGUAACCACGAGAACGCCAAUUUUGCUCUCGGGUCCACGCAGGACGCCAGCAACAUGACGGCCAACAUGUACAGAGUGGGAGAUUACGUGUAUUUUGAAUCCACCAGUGGAUCACCUUAUCAGAUUAGAAGGAUAGAAGAAUUAAAUAAGACUGCAAGUGGAAAUGUGGAAGCCAAAGUCAUGUGCUUCUUCAGGCGGAGGGAUUUGCCGUCUCCUUUGGUUCAGCUCGCUGACAAACAUCAAUUGGCGAGCGCGGAGCAGCAGAGGUCAGAAUCCCCUGCGAGCACGCAGAAUCCGAAACUCGAGAAUCCCGACACUACUAAGGAAAUGACUAGUAAAGAUGGGAUCGGGCCCAAAGUGAUGAUCAAAGGGGGCGGGAAAGGGGGCUGGCUGAAGGCCCCAUUAUCGGAGGCCCAAGAGCCCCACGGGAUGGAUGAGAGUGUUCCUGGAGGAGUCACGGAGUUAAGUAGUAAACAACGCCACCAAAUGAAGCACAGAGAAUUGUUUUUAUCGCGACAAGUGGAGACUAUGCCAGCUACGUAUAUUAGAGGCAAAUGUUGCGUGACAUUAUUAAAUGAAACUGAAUCCUUGCUCAGCUACCUAAAUAAAGAGGAUUCAUUUUUUUAUUGCUUAGUAUUUGAUCCAAAUCAGCGUACUUUGCUUGCUGAUAAAGGUGAAAUUAGAGUUGGUAGUAGGUAUCAAGCAACGGACAUACCAGCGGUAUUGACCCAAGCCGAGAAAGAGACGGAUCCUCGUAGGUUACAAGACUUGGAGACCUUGGUGUGGACUCCGAGACACAAUCUGACAGAUCGGCAAAUUGAUCAGUUUCUUGUCGUUAGCAGAUCGGUAGGCACCUUCGCGAGAGCCUUAGAUUGUUCAUCCUCCAUCAAGCAACCCUCUUUGCACAUGUCCGCGGCUGCAGCAUCCAGGGACAUCACCUUGUUCCAUGCAAUGGAUACUUUGCACGUACACAACUAUGAUUUAGCGAACGCCUUGGCGUCUCUAGUACCUAGUACCGGUCCAGUCCUGUGCCGAGAUGAAAUGGAAGAAUGGAGCGCGUCCGAAGCGAAUCUUUUCGAAGAGGCGCUUGAAAAAUACGGGAAAGAUUUUGCUGAUAUACGUUCGGACUUUCUACCAUGGAAAACGCUGAAAAAUGUGAUCGAGUACUAUUACAUGUGGAAAACAACAGAUCGAUAUGUUCAGCAAAAAAGAGUGAAGGCUGUGGAGGCUGAAAGUAAACUGAAACAAGUUUACAUACCAAAUUACAGCAAGCCUCCCGUAUCGGCUAAUGCUCCUUCCUCGGCCACAAUCGUACCUCUGAGUAAUACCAACAGUAAUACUAAUGGAAAACCGACAAAUAUUCUGAAUGGUAAUAGCAACGGUAGUAUGGCGGGCGAUAAUUCCGGAAUACUCAUGGUCGGAGUUAGUACAAAGCCGUGCGAAGGUUGUCAGACGAUGCAAAGUUCGCAGUGGUUUGCAUGGGGACCACCGCCAACGCAGUAUCGUCUCUGUCAAUCAUGUUGGACGUACUGGAAGAAAUAUGGAGGACUCAAGGUUCCGCGCUCUGACGAUGUUGAUCUCGAGAGAAAACGUGCUGGUGCCGGUUCGGACGAAGAAAGCAAAGGAAUCGGCGGAGCACACCGACCGCAUCGAUGUAGCAUUCCCACUUGUGGAAAGGAGUUUAAGCUGAAGGCACAUCUAAGUCGUCACUACGCAAGCGCGCACGGAGUAGAUUUACGUGGCACCACCGGGAGCGGUGGAGGCGGUAGCGGAUCACCUCGACCAGUUAUGAAAACCAGAUCUGCGUUUUAUCUGCGCACAUCUUCGCUAGCACGUGCGGCUCGACGACUGUGUGCCGCACAAUUACGUACACGGCAUGCGGCACGCGCGCCUCAUCAGCCCGUGAAUGCUACGCCACUGCGACACUUAUGUGCCCAGUUAGCGUCAAAGAGUCCCACGGAAUUGCGUAUCCUGGCGCGUGCCGUCCGACCUCGUCAGCGUCCACGAGUGGCUGAUAUCGCUUCACGUCUGGGUGUUCAUCCAGUGCCACGACAGCCCGGUGACUGGGACUGGUUAGCAUUGACCACCCCAGCGCAACGAAAACAACCCGACCGGGUCUCGUUUCCACGCCCGCCGAAAGCACCAGACGGCAGCCUUUUGUACGAAAGGGUUCCGAACAAACCCGAGGUAGAUAGACUCACAUUGACGCCACCCCAACCGCAACCUGUUUUGGCUCAACAGAACAUUCUGAAGCGCCCGAGACCAUUUGACGAAGUCAAUGGGUCAGACGGUAUUCCUCUAGGCAUGGGACUUCCUCCCGGCGCACCACCUCCCGCUAAGAGACCACAUCAUUCACAGCAUCCGAAGCAUUCGUUGGAGCAUCCUGCUCCCGCUGUUCUUCCACUCGCGCCGCCUCUCAACGGCAGAGCUGCUCAUCCACACACACUGCCGCACGGCCCGCCGUUAUCCAGAAGCAAUGCGCGUAAACAAGUGAUCUCGUGGAUGGACGCGCCCGACGACGUUUACUUCCGCGCUACGGAACAGAUCAAAAGAGCCAGAAGAAAUCUGUCCUCGAUGGAGCUGCGAAGAGCGGCGCGCAAACCGUGGCGCAGAUUGUCGAUUCCUCUGCAUCCGCCUCAUCUUUCAAGGACGAUGCGCGGUGACGACGCGGUCGUUGUCUUAGAUUGAACUCACGAUACAGUUGGGCGAAGUGACUGUAUCCCAUAUAAUUGCACAUUGAUUCGUUACGCGUAUGGACAAAACGCCGUAUCGUAAUUUUUAAACAAGUGAAUGUCGAAGUUCUCACAGUGGAAGUUGCGGUUUAUCUGCAAUUGCGGAUUCGAUUGAACACAAAGAUGUUGUUAAGCUUAAGAAGAAGAGAAAGAUCUCAAAAUCUCUUCCACGAUGUGAUUUCUUUCCCUUUCCUUAAAAAAAAAACAAAAAAAAAAAUCGAACACAAGGUGCAGUAAUUUACACGAAAGGGCCUCGCUUUGACCGAGUAUAUAUGUUAAAAAAACAAAAAAAAAAAAAGAUAUAAUUGCAGCAAACACUACAAGAACAUCGUUUAAACUGGUAACAACUUCAUUACUUGUGCUAUCGAAAAAAAAUGGAUGUUCUGCGAACUAAGUCAUUCAACGUAAACAUGAUUUUCUAUUCGUAUUAUAAUUAUUGUUGUUAUUAAUAAUUAUUGAUAAUUGAAUGUACAUAUACAACGUACCACGUGUAAACACGUACACACACAUACAUACAUACAUACACAUACAUACAUUCAUACAUAUAGUCAGGUAAUAAAUGAUACAUACACAAAACCACACCCCAACGAUACCGAGAGAAAGAAAGAGAGAGAGAGAGAGAGAGAGAGAGAAAGAUAGAGAGAGAGAGAGAAAAGCGGAUCGGUACGAAAAUUAAGUAUGAUAAAAAAGAAUUGGCCCAUACCUGCAGAUAAGCUCAUUAACGGAUACAUUCAGAAAACACAAUGGUUGUGCAACUUCUGAAAAAUUAAUACUUAAGAAUUAGUGUAAUUUUUCUAGAUUUUUUGCAUGAAUAUAUGUUCUUCUGCGGAGAGUGCACAUUCAUGUGAAAAAAAAAAAAAAAAAAACGUUUAUACAAGCGAAAUGGGGUUUUUUUUUCUUUUUCUUUCUUAAAAAAAAAAAAAAAAAAAAAAAUAUAUAAACGAAACUGUUACUAUUGACUGUUGUGUCUUCUAAAUGCGACCAAUGUUAGGGUCAUGUAGGUAAUAGACGAAUGUAUGCGAAAGUGAAUGCGUAAGUGUGGGAGAGAGCGAGAGAGAGAGAGAGAAAGCAAAGCUUGCCCGGCGCGCGCAAAAUGGUUUUUUUUUUCGCGCUACGUAGAUCGCACACGAAGCACCAGAAUCGGCCGACGACGUGAUUUAGAAAACGGAAGCAAAUUUGUCAAAUCGUGGUGCUCGCUACGCGCGCGAUUUAGCGCCGAAAAAAAAAAAAA